UACCUGUUUUUACCGGUCUGGCUUGAUGAAAGCGGAGGAGAGGAAGUGGGAGCCCACACGAAGUGGGACACUCGGGAGGAGGACUGUGCCUGCGCCGCACACCGGACUGGUUCGGCUUGUCACACGCCCUCUCUGGGCGACUAUGAGCUCGCGUCACUGAGAAGAAUUCCUUCACAGAGAAAGGAGUAGAAACCAGAAAACACCGACAUAGGCAGGAUGGGCGAGCGCGCGGAGGAUUUGCUGUUUAAAACCACAGGAUCCAAGUGGCUGCUACCUGUCGGGCGACUUCUGGGAUUACCUAUUGACCAGGUGAACUUUAUGUCCUGCCAGCUGUUUGCCCUGGCUGCUGCCUUCUGGUUUCGUCUCUACCUCAGUCCCGGCCAUGCCAGCCCUCUGGUCAGACACACCUUCGCCACGCUCCUCGGGAUUGGUAUCCUGAUCUUCUGCUUCGGGUGGUACUCGGCUCACAUCCUGGCCGUGGUGGUCGCAAGCUACUUCAUCAUCGUUAAAGGUGACAUCAACAAUGUGCACAGGUACACCAUGGUGACGGCUAUGGGCUAUCUGACAGCGUGUCACGUCAGCCGGGUCUUCAUCUAUAACUACGGAAUACUUUCCACCGACUUCUCUGGGUAAGCUGAAUCACGUUGUUGCCUCUCGUCUUAUCUGUCACCACUCCCUGGUGAUGAUGGCGUGGUUGGCAUUUGAGUUGUGGAGCAGCUCUUUUGUUGCCGGUUAACAUUUCCAGGCUGUGUACUGACUCUGUGGCCACAGCCUUGUGUAAACACAACACCUCUGACUUCAGAGGUGGCAGGAAGUUGCUGCUCACAGUUUUGACUCUGCAAAGCCAGGCGGGGUAAGGGUGCUUACCGGCACCUGGAGUUUACCUUAGUUUGGAGCCUGGAUGGGCCAUCAAGAGGGGUUCGUAGCUAGGCUUAGGUCUUGUUAGGCCAAACUAGAGGGAAAUUUUAUAAGAAGGACACAAAAAAACAAGAACCUCCGUCAGGUUGCAGGGGUAGCAGCCUAAGCAGAAAGGCCCGGACUUCCCUCUCCCCAGCCUUUUGGGCCAGCUCUGCUGGGUGAAUCCCGGCAGAGCAGCAGAUCUACUCUGAGCCCCUCCCAGAUGACUGAGCUUCUCACCCUAUUUCGAAGGAAGAUCCCAGACACCCUGCGGAAUAAACUCAUUUCGGCCGCUUGUAUCCUCGAUCUCCUUCUUUUGGUCACUACCCAAAGCUCGUGGCCAUAGGUGAGGGUAGGAACGUAGAUGGACCGAUAAAUCGAGAGCUUCACCUUCUGGCUCCAGGGGCGGAGCUUGAUAUGUGCAAUGUGCGGCCGAACAGGGCGGCAGUCUGGAGGGGGCAGCAUUUAAUUUCCUUUUUUUUAAAUUCAUCAACCAAUACAUAAACAAAACAUAGAAAUCGCAUGUUCUUCAUAAUAAUAAUAGUGAUGAGUGAUGAUAAUAAAAUAUUUCUGUAAUAAAAGCACAACAAAGUCAUUGUUUGCGUUCAUAUUGUGGGUUUAUUGCGCCCCCUUGUGUCCGCCGCACCUCUGUGGAUGCAGGGUGGUAUAGUGCGCUCUAUAGCGCCCUUCAUCAGGUGGGGGCGGAGGGAUCUCGGAGAAUGAUGAUGGAGGGAUACAGGUACCGUUUGACAUAUCACCGCUCACAAACAUAAUGGAGACGAAACGGUCGAAGCCAUCUGGUGCCCAAUUUUGAAAAAAAAGAAAAGAAGAGGAGGAGAAACGAGGAAAAGAUGCAGGUAUGAAUGUCUUUAUUAUUUAGUUGGUAUUUUUCCCGCCUGUCCCCCAACUUAUUGAUUAGCUAACCUCUCUAAUCUGUACGUUUUGCAUGGUGCUAUGAUGAUCCUUUCAAAUGUCUUUUGCUAGCUUCUUACGUUGCACCUAUUUAGAACGACUUCCAACCGCUAGCUUUUUCUUUGUCAAAUGAGCUUUUAUGAAAAGCUAAGAGUGGGAAAACCGAAAGGCUGAUAACUAAACGCUAUCAAAUAAAAAUGAGUCUUUGAGAAUUUUGCUGAAAUACAUUGAUAUUAGUAUUGAUCGCCGCCAUGGCAGGUUGUCCCGCUUUUUCGCGCCAUUCGCCUUUCUUUUUGGAAUCGGGAAAUGAGCUACGUAUUAUUUACCCCAUGAAAAACGAAGUGGCAGCGGGCCGCUGGAGGUGCCCUGCCAGUAAGAUCCCAUUUAAACUGUAAACUGCCAUAAAAUAAAAUCUAUAAUAGCUAGAGCGGUCUUUUUUUAGCUGAAAGUUAAGACUCUCGCCUUUCAGCACAUCUGUACUGUACAAGUCGAUGAUGUCAUCAUGUUGCAUUAAGCGUGCUGCACGCUGCGGCUAUGUUAAAAACUCACAGUGACCAAGAAGCAGCGCAGGAGAGUUGAAGAAUUUAACCAGUUAAAAUGGAUUCAUGGAUAUUUAAUCAAUUGCCGUGGCUCCGCUUGUCAUUUAGUUUUUUGUCUGCCGGAGACAUUUGCUGAAUAAGGAAAUAAAAACUUAAAAUGACAAAAAAAUUAGGGAAAAUCGCUUGUUUUGUAUCUUAUCAAUUAUUAAUGAUUAAUAGAUUGUUGGUGUUUUAACUUUUGGUAAAGGAAAACACACAAUUUCCAGGCAGCCCCAGUCUGGAGAAGUGAUGGUGACAUCAGAGGUUUUUAUGAAUAAUUUGUACUUUUACUUGAGUAUUUCUCUAACACCAGUACUUUUACUUGUAAAUGAACAAUAUUUUAGCAAUGUAACUGUACUUGUACUUGAGUACAGAUUUUCAGAAUUCUUUCCACCACUGCUGAAAACUGUAAAUGCUCAUUGUAACAUGUUAAUUAAAAUGCUUAAGCAACAGACGUGACAUGAAGAUUGUAUUGUUUGUUUUAUGCAACAUCAGGAGCCCUACACAGAUAUUUUGGGAUGACAUCAGCUGCCACUGAGGAACAGCCAUCUACCUCCACUGCUCAUACCAGUAGGCCAGUAUUUGAACUCGAGGAGGGACAGUCUGCUGGCACCACAUCUCCCCAGGAAGAUACUUUAG